AUAACUGAUAAUCCAAGUGUCAGACACGAGUCGAACAAGGACACCUGACCUGACCAUUUUAGAAGCGUAUUUGCUACAUAGGCCAGAACCCACCGGUCAAUUACAAUCAAAAACGAUACCUGACCAAAACCUUUGGGGUUUGUUGACUCGAGUUAUAUAGGUGGACAAACCUGGCCAAUAAUGAUAAACUGUAAUUCGUUAUCCCAACGAAUUAUUAUGUCAGCCAUCUUCAACGCACGCUGAUAACGUGGCUUAGUGUAUAGUUUACUUCAAGUCUCUUCCAAGAUUCCUACCAGUGAACAAACACCCACCAGUUAUAAAUAAUAAACUUAUAUUUCGAAGAACCCGAUUGAGUUCUCACUAAAAAUUUAUCAAAGAAAUAUGAUGAAAAGAUCAUCAUGUUUUCUUGUGUUUGUAUUUGUUCUGAAUCUAAUUCUUGAUAUUCAGAUAAUUAGUGGUAAUAAAGAUUUGGAUAGAGUUUAUCAAUUACCAGGUCAAUCGUUCAAUGUUAAUUUUGCACAUUAUUCUGGGUAUGUGAAUGUAAAUAAAGAUAAAGCUUUGUUUUAUUGGUUCUUUGAAGCUGUUGAGAACCCAUCUUCAAAACCUCUUCUUCUUUGGCUUAAUGGAGGUCCUGGUUGCUCUUCUAUUGCAUAUGGAGAGGCAGAGGAGAUUGGUCCUUUUCAUAUUAAGCCUGAUGGGAAGACCCUUUAUCAGAACCCUUACUCUUGGAAUCAAGUCGCUAAUGUAUUAUUCCUCGACUCACCGGUGGGUGUUGGUUACUCCUAUUCAAACAAAUCCGAAGAUUUGCUGAAUAAUGGAGAUGCUAGUACUGCCGAAGAUUCAUUAGCAUUUCUAUCUAAUUGGCUAGAGAGAUUUCCCCAAUAUAAAGGAAGAGAGUUCUAUCUCAGUGGAGAGAGCUAUGCAGGACAUUAUGUUCCUCAGCUGGCUGAAGCCAUUGUGAAGCAUAAUAAAAAAAACGGGGAUAAGUCAAUCAAUCUAAAGGGCUACAUGGUUGGGAAUGCUCUAACUGAUGAUUACAAUGAUCACUUGGGUGUUUUCCAAUUUAUGUGGUCUGCCGGUUUGAUAUCUGAUCAAACAUACAAGCUGUUGAAUGAUAAAUGUGACUCUGAAUCAUUUAUUCACACCUCAUCUGAAUGCGAUAAGAUUCUUGAGGUUGCUAGCAAUGAAGUUGGAAACAUCGACUCAUAUAGCAUUUACACCCCUUCCUGCACAGCUACAGGCAACGGACAGUUUUUAAAUCACUUCCGGAGAAGAUUUCAUUCGGUUGCACGCGUGGGUGAGAAGUAUGAUCCUUGCACUGAAGCUCACUCAACAGUUUACUUCAACUUACCUGAGGUUCAAAAGGCACUUCAUGUAAAUCCAGCGGUUGCACCAACUAAAUGGAACACUUGCAAUAAUAAAAUUAAUGGCAAUUGGAAGGAUUCGCCCAGGUCGGUGCUACCCAUUUACAAAGAGCUCAUAAAAGAGGGGCUUCGAAUUUGGAUGUUCAGUGGUGAUACAGAUGCUGUAAUCCCUGUUACCUCCACUAGGUACAGCAUAGAUGCCCUCAAGCUUCCAACUGUUUCUCCAUUUCGUGCUUGGUACGAUGAAGGCCAGGUUGGAGGAUGGACUCAAGGUUACGCAGGUCUGACAUUUGUUUCGGUGAGAGGAGCAGGUCAUGAAGUCCCUUUACAUAGACCGAAACUUGCCCUCACUUUGGUCAAGGCCUUUUUGUCAGGAAGCGAUAUGCCAAAUUUAUCCGUGCAGCACGCGGAUUCUUGAUCAUAUUGUAGUUUUCCUUUAUAUAUCUAAAUUAAGCAAUAUUAUUGGACUUCUGGCCAAUUUCUGUGCACUAUCUUUCUUUUCUCCAAAGGGAGUUGAUAUCAUGUUUAUCUUCAUGAAUUGCCACUUCCAAUUUGUGCA